ACGGUAAGAGGAGUGUAGUUGGUUUUAGGGUAUUUGUAAUUGUUGGAGACUCGAAUUAGGUUUCUUCCGCCGAAGGCUUCUGAGUCGCAUCGAGGAAGAGGAUGAUUCAACUUCUGUUCACAGUAAUCGCAGCCGAAAUGGCUCUGAUUUUGACCCUUCUCUUCAGGACGCCUCUGAGGAAGCUCGUGAUUUUGAGUUUGGAUCGUGUUAAGCGCGGAAAAGGUCCAAUCGUCGUUCAGACCAUCGCUGGAACCGUCUUCGUCGUCCUUCUCUCUAGCGUCUAUAGCAUGGUUAAGAUCCAGAACCGUAUGAUCGAGGCUGGCGAGGUUAAUCCCACGGAUCAGGUCCUUAUGUCCAGUCACUUGCUCGAAGCUUCUCUCAUGGGGUUUUUGCUGUUCCUUGCGCUGAUGAUUGAUAGACUACAUCAUUACAUCCGUGAGCUUCGGAUGCUCAGGAAGACCAUGGAGAUCGCAAAGAAGCAAAUUCGAGCGUCAGAGGAUGCAAGUGCAGAGAAGCUUAAAGGCCUGGGAGAAGAGGUAACUACCUUGAGGAAUAGAAUAACCAAACUGGAAUCUGAAGUUGAGGCAAAAACAAAAGAAGCAAAUGAUGCUGAAGCUGGAACAGAGGCCCUAAGAAAGCAAUCUGAGGAGUACCUGCUCGAGUAUGAUCGAUUGCUGGAGGACAAUCAGAAUCUUCGAAAUCAGCUGGAGUCGAUCGAACAUGGCUCUUCAUAAUCUGACUGAAAAAGAGGCGGUUGUGAUCUUUUCUGCAUCAUGUCGGAGGUUUAAGAAAAUGGUGCAUUUACGCUUGGCUUCAUCAGAGGGCCUCUGGUUUGUUGGGUCCGUACUCUAUGAAUUGAAUUUUAAGCAGGGGAAUUGAUGGAAAGAUGUUAUUUUGCAAAUUUAGUAUAUUAUUAAAAGUGGGAGCUUAAUCCAUCUAGACUACUUUCCAUGGCUAUUUGUACUGUCUUUUAAAUGUAACUAAAUUGUAUAUGAUAUGGUCCAUUUCGCUUCUUGUAA